UUGCUUGAUGUGGCUGCUUAUUUUAAUGAUUAAUUUACCUCUAAUGUAACCUAUUAAUUUAAAAUAUUGCACUAUAAUAAUCUCUUCAAAUUAUUCCUAAAUUCAUAGAGAAUCUGCACACGUUAAAAGAAGAUUUUAUUUCAUUAAAACUAAACCAAAAAGUAAAACCUGCUAGUCUUAGACCAAAAGUUCACAGAAGACCAAAGUGGAACUCAGAGGUUGAAAAUGUUUUGAAGUUGGAUGUCCUCUGUCAGCAAGAUAGCCAAGCCCAUUUACCAUCUACUCUUGACCAUAUGGACACUUCUCAUUGGUGCCCUCCUAAAAGUGCCAAUAGUCAGAGUGACGAGUCAUUUCUAACAGCUUUAAUUGAAAUGAAGCUCCUCUGAAAGAAGGUGUUUUUAAUCUUGAAGAAACAGAAAGGAAGAAUAAUUUUCACCUGUCUAAAUCUGCUUCAGAAGAAAAGAAAAACCUCAUCUCCUUGACUAUUGAGGAGGAAAUGGAAAAACCAAAUGCCAAAAUAAUCAAUGUGGGCUCUCCAAAAGCAAAAUCUCCCAGGCCGGUGAUGAAAGUGAGUGAAACAUACCCCAUCAUUUAUGCUGAAGAAGAAUAUAUGCAAAACUUUAUUUUGAAGAGGUGGCUGCAUUUACAUGGAGAUAAAGUGUCUUAUGACUCAGAAAAGGAAAAUGGUGAGGUACAAACAAAUCCAAAUUCAGUUUUACAAAACAACUGCGAUUAUGCCCUUGCCUUAGUUGGAAAGGAAGAAAAGAAUACUUUUAAUGUAGCUGUGAAGGGGAAUAAAAAGCUAAAAAGAACAUUAUCCGGGAAACGGAAAAUCACUAUUCAUAUUUUAUCUUCAGAUGGAAAAAGUAGGAGCUUAAAAGAUUCACAGAAGGAAAAAACUUUUGUGCAGAAAAUAGUUGGUAGCUUUCAUGAUGUUGAAGUACCAAUCAGUAAGCUUACAUCAAAAGACAGGAAUGUUUCAGCAACAAGGGCUGAAUGUAACCCUGAUGGCCUUGUUAUAUUUGGAGUAAACCCAAAAGCUGCAGCACACCAAUCUGCUAAAGCAAAUGCAGCAACCGUCACUAAAUCUCACGGCUCUUACAGCAAGCCACUAACCAUGGCCUCCCAGCUUCAUAAAAAAGGCAGGUUGGCUCAUUCAUCACAGUUGGAUUAUAUAUCCAUAACAAAACCUAUUAAAAUACCUGACUGUCCAAAUGUCAAUUCACAGUCAUUUCACAAAAUCUCAAUGAAACGUGAUCAUUUGGAAAACAAAAGGAUUAUUCUGUCUGGGGCUUGUUUUAAGGAAAAACCUCCACUUAGUCAGAACAAUGAAGUAUCCAAACCUGCCAGGUGUUCUCAACCAGCUUCUUGCAAGGAAGAAACAUCAGCUGAGAUAAAGCUAAAUAAUAAGGAACAUUGCAUAGAUAGUAGGAAAGGCCAAGAAUGGGAUAAUACUGUGGAAUUCUGGAGCAUUCGCAGAUCUUCAGCAUCACUGAAAAAUUCACAUGCAGUGCCAGACAACAGCCCUGAGCCCCAGAAAAAAGCAAUGCUACCUGAACGUCCAGCAUCAUUACCUGUUAACUUCAAUCAUCCAAUUAUUAGUAUACCAACCGCACAAUGUGAUGCCUCAGAAUUCAGGAUAAAAAAAGUUGAUGCUGAAUUUACAGACGACACUGAUACUCCAAAGGACACCAGUCGUUACAAUUAACUGAUGGUAUGUCUAACAAUGGGCUACCAAAGAUUUAUGGGAUCGAUCUAUUUCUGAAAUGAAUGCAUCUGCCAAUCUAGAUGUUAUGGUAAUUUUUUCUCAGAACAGCUAUUAUUCUGUACAUGAACUUAUGUAAGCCAUGAGAUGUUUGCCAUUACAAUGAAUUAUGAUAUAGCAAUUAUAAGGGGAUGUGUGUCUCUUAAAAAUUACGAUAAUUGAUAGGCCUUUAUUCAAUGGUUUUACUAGGCACAUAUAAGAAGCAUUAAACUCCUAUUUCAAGCACAGAAGUUACUUCUUUUAAAUCCUGAAUGACUUUGUGUGUGAACAUUUUAAUGCAUUAAGAUAUUAUCUUUACUUUUAAAUACAGAGAGAAAAGGUAUUUAGAGUAUUAUCCACCUUUCUUCCUUAAUUUAUUGCAUAGAUUUAAAAAAUCUUACAACAUCCAGUACUGUGAAUUUCACAUUGCUUAUCAUCUAUGUUGUAUAUUUCAAGAUUCUAGCCCAAGUCCUCCCUUGCAAUGUUAACAAAAUUGUAUUUAGUGGAAUUAGGCUUUUAAUAUUUAGCAAUAUUGGAUUAGGCUGGAGUUCUCCAUAAAAUACAUUGUAGACAACAUGCGUAGACUAAUGACUACUUUGAUUCACUUAUUCUCAGCUAAUAUUAAAUCACAGGCACUUAAAAAGAAGAAGAAGAAAAGGCUUUCAGCGGGAUAGAUUGUCUCCAUAUGGGAAGUGUUUGGAACUGAAAUGAAUGCAGGAGAUUUUCAUCAUGCUACUUAGAAGAUAUCUUACCAGAUGAAACUAAAUUUACACAUUGUACUCAGACCUGAUAGUUUGAACUUCUGAAUAGACAUGCAAUUUCACUCCUAUAACUCUUUCAGUAAGCAACAUGUAAGAACCCCACACUUCCAAUCAUUACGUGCCUAAAUGGUGAUGCAAGUCCAUGGGCCCUUGGCUUUAUCUCCUUACAUUGCUAGAGUACAUGCAACAUACCUGAGCACCUCAUUUGGUUUCUGAACUGAGCUGAUGUGUUUGUACAUGUAAACACUGUAUUUGUAAUGCUUUGCCUAUAAAUGAAAUUACUGAGGAACA